AUGAUCAUAAAAUUUAUCAUGAGUGCAACUAUUCCAUUUUCUAUUGUUGAAAAUGAAGAUUUCAAAGAACUUAUUAAUUUUGGUUUUCCAAACAAAAACCUUUUAAGUCGGCCGACUUUGAUGAAAAAAAUUAAUCAAAUGUCUGAAGUACUGGUUGACAAUUUAAAAAAGGAAAUGGAUUCAAUACAACAUAUUACUACAACUGUUGACUGUUGGUCGAUAUUUAAAAAAUCUUAUAUUGGUAUUACGGGAAGUUGGAUUGACCCAAGUAUACUCUUUUCAGAAUAA